AUGCCGAACUGGGAACUGCAGAACUGCUGUCAGAAGGACCAGGUCACCUUCUUGGUCACCAUCGGCGUCUUUUCCCUUGUUAUCCUCGCGCUAUGGCGGACAGUACUGCUAACGCCUUUCAAGCUCAUAACCGUGUUUAUGCACGAAGCUAGUCAUGCCAUUGCUUGUAUCCUCACUUGUGGGAAGGUGGAAGGGAUUCAGGUUCACGCCAAUGAAGGAGGUGUGACUCAAACACGUGGUGGCAUAUAUUGGCUGAUCUUACCUGCAGGAUAUCUUGGAUCUUCAUUUUGGGGGAUGCUUUUGAUACUUGCAUCAACCAAUCUUCUUACUGCAAGAAUUGCUGCUGGUUGUUUGGGUCUUGCGCUACUCAUAGUGCUGUUUAUUGCCAAGAAUUGGACGCUUCGAGGACUUUGCAUUGGAUUCAUUGCGUUUCUUGCUAUCAUUUGGGUAUUACAAGAAUACACCAAAGUACGGAUCCUUCGAUAUGUUAUUCUCUUCAUUGGUGUCAUGAACAGUUUGUUUUCAGUUUAUGACAUAUAUGACGACCUAAUAUCUAGAAGAGUCAACUCUAGCGAUGCUGAGAAGUUUGCAGAACUCUGUCCUUGCCCAUGCACAGGUGUUGGAUGGGGAAUGAUCUGGGGAAUGAUAUCAUUCUUGUUUCUCUGUGCAUCUAUAUACCUAGGGCUCGUCAUCUUAUCUUAA